UGAUUACGUCACACAGCAACAACUAAGCGUCAAAAUGGCGGACACUUAGCAGGUGUCCGAUAGGUAUCCAUACAUCACAGUAGCUUUAGCGAUUAUAACAAGAAGCAUGCCUAAGAAAAAGGGGAAAUCAGGAAAAUCCAAAAAGGGAGGAAAGAAAAAGGGCAAAUCCUCCGCAAAGGAAGGGUCUAAGCCAGCAAAAGCAGACCCAAUGGCCCCAAUGUUCGUGCAGCCCCCACCUCGACCAGGCGAAAGGUUAGUGGAACUUUUAAAGAAGAAUCCUGUGGAUGAAAAGGAGAUUCACGGAUACAAAGUGACUAACAGAGUCCUAAAACAGCUGACCCCUCAGGAAAUCAGAGAUCUGUUGAUGGUGUUUGAGCUGUUUGAUAAUAACAGUGAUGGAUACCAUGGGUCAGCCGAACUUCGUCGUGCAAUGAGAGCCUUAGGAUUCAAAUGUUCUAGGGAGGAGGCCAAGCAAAUGAUAGCCGAUACGAGUCUUAAGGGCAAAAGUAUGAUAGAUUUCCCAGAGUUUCUGGAGGCAGUGAUUGACAGACAGGGUGAUGCAAGAGACAUGUAUGAUGAAAUACUCAAAGGCUUCAACAUGUUUGAUUACGAAAAGACGGGAGCAAUAUCUCUGGAUGGUUUGAAACUGGCUUGUGAAGAUGCUGGUAUCAAGUUUACACAGAAGGAGUUAGAAGAGAUGAUUGAAGAGGCUGAUCUCAAUGGCGACGGCAAAGUUGACCAAUCAGAAUUUAUUCGAAUCAUGCUGCAGACAAACUUAUUCUAGGCCCAUCAGAUUUUAGGUUUGUGUGUCUCAACACACUGUGACAUUGAACUGACAGCUUAUUUUGGAAGACAAUGGUUCAGUAAUUAUCUUCCAUUCAAUGGGAAAUAUUCAAUUUUCAAGCUUGCGAUUGGAAUUGUUUAUGAGUAUUUGCAAUACCAGUAUCUUAUUGAAGAUCUCAAAGAUUCCAUCUCUACCAAAACCAGCCUUACUAUGACCAUUGUUGUAAUUUGGUGUAGAAUUUUUCAUUCUGCUUCAGGGAUGUGUUUGUUUUUACACAGUAAUUCCUUUAUCUAGCUACUUUCUAUGAUCUUAUUUUUUUGGAAUCAUUUAUAUUUUGUUAAAGUAUUUAGCAAUGGAAAGUCUUUGAGGGUAAAAUUUCAUACAAUAUUGAAUUCAUAUACUUUUAAACUCCAAAAGGAUACAGAUAUUUUGCAAUGAAUUGAUUAGCAUUCCAGGAUUUGACUACCCUAUACAGUUGUAUUAUUCUUAUUCUGUGAUAUAACAAAAGUGUGUGUAAUGAGUGUGUCUGAUUGAAAAAUUGUAUUGUCAUAUAUUUCACAUUUACAAACCAUUAUCAUCUACAUAUGAAGUCUAUAUUUUUUGUAAAUAAAAUUUCAUUUAAUCAUUA